CGCGGACCCUGGAGGGCCUGUAAACCUCUUUUUCAGGAAAGGACAGGAAUCCCAAACUGUGUCCCCGUAUGUGCCAACUAACCUGGUCGGUUACUUUCCAGGCAGGUUAUAGACAUUUCGGCAUCGCCAAAAUUCUCUCCUUUAGAAGGAGUCUUACCCUUAAAAAACGUGAUGCACUUAAUUUUCCGCAUAAAUGUGAAUUCACUCUGGUGAAUUACGCUGUUGUCGGUUCCAUCAUGCAUAUUUUCUCGGUUUUCAGUAGCUGACGGACUAUGUUGUCGGAAGAAGUUCUGUCCAGAAUCCAGUCACUAUUGAACAAGACACAUUUGGAAGUAGAUGAAGAGUCCGUUUCUGUUGAUUAUUGGUCUAACCUGUCCGUCGAGUGUUCCCAACUUAUCGGUCAACUCGACAGCCUGCUGGUUUCCAUGCCUGAUAGCCUAAAUCCCCCUCCAGCCCAACUCUUGAUUCUUCUUGGUGGCAUUUUGGGCAAUUUGUUAACAUCCGGGAAAUUUCAUUCCCAGCAAUCGUUGGAGGCGAUCACUAGUAAACUAUUAUUCUCUAUUCAAUUGAAUUGUGGCGUCCAAACGACACGUCAGUUACUCUUACUUGAACCGCGCAAACUAUCCCAACCCAAAGCAGAGCAUUUGUGUCUUCAGAUGCUCCGACUUUGCAUCGUACAUGUGGCACGUGCAUCUACUGACAGUGUUCUAACUGAUCCCUUGAAUACACGACCGCUAUACCGCGAUGUCCUUAUCUGGAUGACCAAAGAGCUCGACUAUCCAGAACUUGCUGGCGAAGAGUUUAUCUCAACAUUGCAGCCUUUGGGGCUUCGACUCACCAGUGACUAUCGCCCCAGGUUGCAACACGCUGGUUUUUCUGUCCUUCGCUGGUUGGCCAGCAAAGCACGAGUAGCAGACUGGCGUCAGAACAAUCGCGCAGAGGCUGUCCUUUUUCACUUGUUCGAACAUCGCGCAGCAUGUGGUUCUGGUUCUUCGGAGGACAUUUUACGGGAGAUGUACACAACCUGUUUCGAUCUGAUCAAGUUACUGCCGAAGGACAAGGCCUUUGAUGGAUACACUCGAUUAGCCGAUCGCCUGCUUGGUGACUUAACCAUGGAAGCACGUCGUCCGAAGCAGACGGUCAUGUUGCAGAGUUUGUUGCAGCUUAUUAAUAUAAUGAAGACUGACUUUGUGCAACAUACUCGCCGAUUUACCCGUGUCGUGUCGAUUCUUCUAUUGGGGCCUCGAACUCCGGGCUAUCUUCGAAAGUCAUUACCAGAGGAUGCUCGGGAUGAGACGAUCCACCUACUGGUGCUGCGUUGUGUACAUCUGUUUGUUCAACUAGCUUGGCCAAUUGCGUCAACCGCAGUUCUCCCCGAUUUGUUUCCACCUCUAGUCGCUUUUGUGGAGUUGGAAUACGCCCGGUCAUCUAAAUAUGCUUCAGAAGGCGAGAAUUUCUGUGAAGCACCAAUGGCUGAGCUUCGUUCAAUAUUUGACAGUUUGGUUGCAAUUGAGGCUCGUGUUCUUCCCGAGUUGCUUGUCCCUGCUAGCUCUGCGGUUCCAGCCUUGGUGGAGGUCUUUCCUCUCAUCAGAAAUAACGCUUGAAUUCUGAGGACGUCUCAGUUUUUGUGAAAUUUCACUUCGAUUGUACAAUCGGCAACCGUUUCUGCGGUCUCCUUGAGGAAGGGGAAAUGAUCCGAGAAUCACUGAUUUGGAGGGUGGUUUUAGCAGCCGGUUAUCCACGGACUAUGUCAGAUUCGGGCAACUAUUAUUUGCGGCUUAUGUAUGCAAUUCGUACCAUCCUCCCGUACUGACUUACUUUUCUCUCUGACUUAGGCAAAUCACAGACUUCUCGUUUCUUUGCUUCAGAAUAUCCUCCUUGUUUUAAAUGAUACAUACCCGUAUAUUUUGUCACUGAACCUGUUGUACGGAUGGAGAUCUAAUAAAGCAAAUUAAUAAUCGCUCG